CAUAUAUACUCGUAGAAACUUUUACCACGCCCCUUGAAUCUCACUCUGCGAAAACCAUUCUCAACCGGUCCGUUUGCAGAACCUUCCUCCAAAAUGUCUCUCAUAAGCCAGUUCCUUCAGCAGGUCGUCUACUUGGGGCCUGCUGAAUCUGCUGUGUUUCAGGGGACUGUGAAUGCCAACCCAAAUUUCAGUGCCAGCGGUGAUGUGGGCGUUCUGGACAAAGCCAUCAAGGCUAAAGGGGUGGACGAGACCACCAUCAUCGACGUUCUGGUGAAGCGGAGCAAUGCCCAGAGGCAGCAGAUCAAGGCUGCCUAUCAGCAGGCAAGCGGCAAGCCGCUGGAUGCCGCGUUGAAGACGGCCCUGAAGGGGCAGCUGGAGACGGUGGUCCUGGCCCUUCUGAAGACCCCCGCCCAGUACGACGCUGAGCAGCUCAAACUGGCCAUGAAGGGUCUGGGAACUGAUGAGGCAACACUGAUUGAGAUCAUGGCCUCCAGGACCAAUCAGGAGAUCAGAGACAUAAAGAAGGCCUACAAGGAAGAAUACAAAAAAGAUCUGGAAGACGAUAUCAAGUCUGACACCGGUGGAGACUUCAGAAAUGCUCUGCUCGCCUUGUGCAAGGCCAACAGGAUGGAAGACGGCGUCCUGAACGAGCCGCAGGCCGACGAGGACGCAAGAGCUCUGUACGAGGCCGGGGAGAAGAGGAAAGGGACCGAUCUGUCCGUCUUCAUCAACAUCCUCACCUCCAGGAGCGGCCCACAACUCUGCAAAACAUUUGAGAGGUACACAAAGUACAGCAAGGUGGACGUCGGGAAAGCCAUUGACCUGGAGAUGAAGGGGGACAUUGAGAGCUUACUCACUGCUGUUGUGAAGUGUGCUGGGAACAAGGCAGCAUACUUUGCUGAAAUACUCAACCUGUCAAUGAAGGGGUCUGGCACCAGGGCCAAAAUUCUGACCCGGGUCAUGGUGAGCCGCUCGGAGGUGGACUUGCAGAGGAUAAAGGAGGAGUACCAGAAGAAGUAUGGAAAAAGCCUAUACCAGGACAUUCUGGAUGACACCAAGGGGGAUUACGAGAAGAUCCUGCUGGCCAUCUGCGGAAACGGAAAUUGAUCCUCAAUAAUCUUGGAGUCAGGAAAGCAAAAUGGCAUUUAUAUCACUCUGCUUUUCAUGCACAGCACAUGUGCACAGUGUAUUAAGUAAGCAAGCAUCAGUGGAGUCUACAUGACCAGUUGUGUGCAAAUAAAGCCGUUUGUAUGAAUGGCAUAUUGGCCUGCCUGUGCCUUAUUGAAUACUACAGUCACAUUGUAACAUUUUGUUUCCCGAUGUGUAAUUAAUGUUAAAAUAUUUUGGGCAAGUGGAAUGUAAAAAUUAAGAACAAAAGUAAAAACAUAACACUGGUGCUUUAGAGGGCUUAUAACUGUCUAUAACGGGGGUGUCCAAUCUUAUCUUGAUUGAAGAUCAUAGAAUCAGGUAUCAUAAUGCUUGGUGACGACAAAAACCUGCACCCACAAUGGCUCUUCGGAUAAGACACCCCUAGUAUACAAGCUCAAUAAAGGAAGUAUUCAAUAUUUAUAUUUGUGAUGUCUUUCACAUGCAUUUACACCAUUACUACCUGUCUGUUUGUUGUGGAAAUAAACCAAAACAAGUCAUCACCAA